AUGGGAAGACACCACGACGGUUCUCCGCCGGAAGACGCGAAAGCCGACGUCGAGGAUAGAGAUUACAGAAGAAAAUCAUCCCGGGAGAAAGCAAGCGGUGACGGAAAUGAGUCCGGCGAAGAAGUGGAUGUGAGUCGCCGUGAGUCUAAGAGGAAAUCAAAAGACGGCAAAGAGUACGGCUCUGGUUCGGGUUUGGAAAGUGGGAGCGAUUCCGAAUCGGAGAAGGAAGAGAGACGCAGAAGUAGAAAGCCGAGAGGGAAAAGGAAAUCAGAUCGGAAAUCUCGAAGUAGACGGAGUCGGAAACACGAUGAUUCGAAUAGUGGCUCGGAUUCGGAAUCGGAAUCAGAAUCGGAUUAUUCCUCGGAUUACUCUGAUUCCGAGGAGAGUGAGAGCGAGGAUGAGAGGAGGAGGAGGAAGAGGAAGAGAAGGGAGAGGGAAGAGAGAGAGAGGAAAAGAAGGAAGCGAGAGAAAGAGAAGAAGAAGAAGAGGAAGUCGGAGAAAGGAGUUGAUGGAGAUAAGAAGAGAAAAGAGAAGAAGAAGAAGAAUAAAUCUGAGAAAGGGAAGAGAGGAGCCGUCACUGAGUCAUGGGGAAAAUAUGGAAUCAUCAGAGAAACUGAUAUGUGGAAUAAACGACCAGAGUUCACAGCAUGGCUUCUUGAAGUUAAAGAGGUUAAUUUGGAAAGCUUGCCACCUUGGGAAGAGAAGAAGAUGUUUAAAGAUUUCAUGGAGGAUCACAAUACUGGUACAUUUACUUCCAAAAAAUACUAUGACAUUGAUGGUUACUAUAGACGUAAGUUGGAGAAAGAGGUGAAAAAGGGUAUGAAGAAAGCUGGGAUGAGUGAACGUACUGUGUUUAACGACGAGGAACAGCGCAGGCUAGAGAUGCAGGAAGCACGCGAAAAGCAGAAGGAAGAAGAAGUGUUAGCUUUAAAGCGAUCAAUGGAAGGCGGAAUGGCUCAAGCUAUGAAAGAGCAAGCUCGGCUAAAGGAGGAAAUGGUCUACUUGUACAAGAUUGGGGACAUGGAGGGUGCAGCUGCUAUACAGAGAAGGUUGGAUCCAGAUGUUCCCAUGUGA